AUGACGAAAUACACAACCCAUUCAAGAUGACUGACUGUGGAGAUUUACCCAAACCAGAGAUGAGAGGACUUGGAUUAAAGCAUGCCAAACGUGGCUUUAGCUUUGGUCUGGCACUGGCCAUAGGUGCAGCUCUGUCAUACAAGAUAUUUGUAGCUUCUGCAAGGAAAAGGGAUUUUGCAGAAUUUUACAAGAACUUCGAUCCAGAGGCAGCAGUAGAGCGGAUGGUUGAAGCAGGUGUCCUGCAGUCAGGGAAAUAUGCUGACAAGAAAAAGGGGACAUUCUGGUGACUUAUUCUCUCACUUGAUGUCAGUUCUUAUUAGUAUAGUUAUAAAU